AUGACGGUCGAUUACGAGGCUCGGCGCGCCGACUUUAAAAAAAAGACGCCUCUGUUUUCGAGGCCGCGAACGGAGCAGGAGUGGCGAGAAGGCCUCCUGAGGGCUCAGCGCAGCUGCUGGCGCGUCGAGAAGCUGGAGGCUCUCCGGGCGCAGUCUCUGCGAGAGCUGUCUAGGCUGCAUGUCCCUCACGCGGUCGCCAACCCCAUUUUCGAUGCACCAGACGAGGACGAAGAAGAGGAAGUGCAAGACAAAGAAGCCGAGGCUAGGCGAGCUGCCGGGCUGCCUUCGCAGUUUGGAGAGAAAAGCGGGAAAAGGCGCGGGGGAAACGCGGCUGAGGGAGAGGCAAGUCGACACACUUCGCAGCGCGGCGAACGCAAUCAAUUGACCAGCCUGCAUUGCGGCGAGGAGGCGCCAGGCCAAGAGAUCGCCAUGGACGAAGACAGCAGACUGUCUUUGGGAACCUCGGCACCCUGCUCGAGUUCCGACUUCGUAGGCGAGGCGUACGGGGAGGCUGACACACGCAUGCAGCCUCGGGACGCUGCGCAUUCCAAGACACACAACAGUCGACGUCAGUGGCCCAAGAAACAACGCGAGCAGAGGUCCGUCUCCUCUUUUGCCUCCAUGCUCGCCAUCCCGAAGCCGAUCGUCAUUCCGGAACUCUUCAGGGAAAAGGCACAAGUCGGUCAGGAACCGCAAAACGCACACGCGUCAGGAAACACCGUGUCAUCUCAGGCCGUCGACCAAACGUUCCUCCCUGGAUUCUCUGCACCAGAGGACUGGUACGUUUACUUGCGUCCGGAGGGCCGUCGGUGUCUCCUCGUGAUGCACGACGGAAUGGGAGCGAUCGUGGACAAGCGCGGGAUCGUCCGCGGUCUGUUGAAUCCUCAGCCUUUCCACGAACGCUUUGAGGAGGCACAGCGGAAAGCCGUGGCUAGCUGGCAUGCGCACGCCGCGCCGCAGGCGCGAGAACGGCGAGAGGAAGUUUCUUCUGCAGGGCGCGAAGGAUCCGAAGAGCCGAACGGGGCGGCAAUGCACUCUGCAGACGAAGGCGGAAGAGAAGAAGACGUCGCGAUGGAGGCUUCGUGCAAGGACGUUGCGCGGAGACGGAGACCCAGAAGGGCGAAGCAGUGCAUGCGGGAAAGAAAUGCUCUGCAGUCGCAACCCAAGUGGGCUGCGUGUCCCCGGUGUCUCUCCAGCUGGAACACCUCGGGCUGGGGGAGUUGCGCGCGGGGCUUCACGGCUCUCGAGUGCGUGUGGACAAACAGUCACGACUUACGGUGGGCCGAAUGCCUCGAGUCUCCUGCCGCCUCUUUGGGUUGUGCGAAGGAGACAGUCGACGGCUGCCCGAGGUGUCUCAGAACCGAGGGCGAAGGCGAGAGCGUGCAGGAGCGGAAGGUCCGGGAGAUCUUCCUGGAGCGCGAACGCGAGGCGCGAAACAGAGGCGAGGCAAGCAGGUGCUCUUGUUGCUGUUUCUCGCUCAUCUUCGUCACCGAUGUGCUCUGGUGGAACGACUGCAUGCUCGGGAACGCAGAGACAACUUGCAGGCAGUUUCUGCUGCGAAGCAGGUUCGAGGAAAUGGAUGUAGGCGCCUCGCGGUGUCCUCUCCAGUUGCUGCCUCUUCAAGAUUGCUCCGCCGCCACCCUGGAGCACCUUUACCGCAGUCAACUCCAGCCUUGGCCAUCUGACUCGUUGGUUUUCCUUCAUCGCGAGGCGCCGUACGUGGAGGCCCUAAGCGACUUCUGUCUCUCUUGGCGAGACGCUCAUCUCUCCCGCUUCCAUGUCGACGAAAGUCUCGGCCCCAGGGCGAUGCGGAACUCGCGGGGCGAAGCCCAAAUAGUCUGUCUCCGUCUGACAACGGAGGGGACACUCGUGACAGAAGAUGGAAUUGUUUUGGCUUCUACGGUCGACGCAGAGACCCUCCGCGAGCACGCGCUUCGGCCUCGUAACCUCGUCAGGUGUGCGGUCGCCGGCAUCGUCUUGUCUGCGGAGAACGGCGUGGACGGAGGAACGGGGAGUCGAGCAGAAGGCGUCCGAGUGCUCGCGCGGGUGCGCCCGCACGUGCGGCUGCAGGCCGACUCUUUCGCCCGCAUUGUUGACCAGUUUCUGAAGAAGAGGCGCGAAAACGAGAGCGGCGGAGACACCGUGGAAGCGGCGCAAGAGCCGGGUGUCUCUCCGCGCCGGCUGUCUCCGUUCGAGAGCCUCCUAGCUCUUCUUUUUCCCUCGACGCCUGGCGCGCUGCGCCUCUCCACAUGUCCAGUCGAGGCGUGCGUGGCGCAGAGCGAGGACCCGCGAGACGCCCGAGAAUGCAGAGAACGGUGA